AUGCCCCUGCAGAGGUUGUGCGGCCGCAUAAUUAUAUGUGCAGUCCGCAUAAUGAGACUUGGCUUGGCAGGUUCCAGUUCUGCGGCCGCACAAUUCUGGAUUGUGGCUCCUUCACCUACUACGGACCGCACAUUUUGUGGUCCUCACUCUUUGAUCUUAAGCUCUGGUUGUGUGAGACUUCAGCAGACCGCUAGUGCCGGAAAAAGUGAGAUCGAAGGAGGGGAAAAAGAAGCAGAACGGCUAGUUGUACAGAAAAAGGCCCAUGCACCAUUCCCUCAAAGAUUCACAAGGCAAAAGAAGGACGAUCAGUAUAGGAAGUUCUUUGAAAUCCUAAAACAGUUGAGUGUAAAUAUUCCAUUGCUGGAGGCACUGAAAGAUAUGCCUAUGUAUGCUAAAAUGAUGAAAGACUUCUUGUUAAAGAAGAUUGACUUUCAGGACAUAGUUACAGUAAAGCUGUUAGUGGAAUGUAGUGUUGCAGUUGCUAGGCCCAUGGCUCAAAAAUUAGAAGAUCCUGAAAGUUUCACCAUUCCGUGCGCGAUAGGGGAUUAUUAUUUUGUCAAUGCAUUAUGUGAUGUGGGAGCCAACAUCAAUAUGAUGCCUCUAGCCAUUUAUAGAAAACUUGGCCUACAAAGGCUAAGGCUGAUAGCUAUGCGACUGCAGCUUGCUGAUCGUACCCUAGCACGCCCACAAGAUUUUGUUAUCUUAGAUUGCAAAGUAGACAUUGACGUCCUACUCAUAUUGGGACGACCCUUCUUAUCUACGGGAAGAGCGCUUGUUGAAUGUGAAGUAGGGGAAUUGAAGAUGCAUUUGAACGAUGAAGAAGUUGUUUUCCAUGUACAAAAAUCAAUGAAAGGACCAAGUGACAUUGGAGAAUGUUCAAUUUUGCAAGUGGUGAAUGUGAUAGUCCAAGAAGAGGAGGAAAUUGUUCAUCCUGCACAUCCCUUCGAAACUUGUUUACUGAAUCUGGAUAAAUUGAAUGGUAAAGAUUUAGCAGAGUGGGUCUUGGCUCUUGAAGACCAAGGAUAUUAG